AGUCAAAUUCCAUAGGACUAGGACAUAGAAUAACCUUUAUGUUAAGUACAUUAAAUGAGAAUAAUAACCCGCCAAGGUACUUACAGUUCUAUCUUUUUAUGUUUGUUUUCUUCGCCUACAAAUCAAUGAACACACAUUUCAUAGCACAGAAGAACAACUUCGAAAUCUCUAGCCUAUCAGCGCGAUGCUCCUGCCCGGAAAUAUAUGAUCAGCCAAUCAGCUUUGAACGGCAGAAUUUUCAAAACUGACCCGCCAUGUUGUUGUUAUUUUUAGUUAGCUAGCUAACUUGGAAGUCGUUUAUCCGAGUACUUCCAUCCAUAAAGGUUGCUAGAUAGUUGGACUGCUAGAACUUGGAUAUCACCAAUAAUAAUUACAUUUUAAACAGGAUCAUGGACUCAAUGGAAGCUCGUUUCGGCCACAUGCGUCAGCGUGACACCAGUGUGGACAUGCUGCGGGUGAAGAUGUCUCGGAGACGGUCGCAGUCCCAGAAGGAGAACCGAGACAAGGCCCUGAACAGCCGCAGACAGCUUGACAAACUCCCCGAACUGGAAUGCUCUCAACUGGACAUGUCUGUUGCUGAACAUGUGUCAGUAAUUCAAGAAAAAGCACCGAAUGCAAAACAAGUGAAAAACACUGCAGUGGAGGAGCGAAUUAAAAAGCUUGCACGCUACAAAGAGAAGAAGGAGCUUGUGAAGGAGAAAGAGAAGAGGGCAAGGGAGAAGAAGGGGGUGUUUAAAGUUGGGCUAUACCGGCCCCAGCCCCUGGCCCCUCUACCUCAGGCCCCAGCUGCAACGACCAAAGCCAUGGCAACAACGACAGUGGUCCUGCCCCAAUCCACCAGAGUGACGCGCUCAACCAUGAGGCAGCAGGACCCCAAGGCACCACAGACUAUUGACACUGUCCCUGCUUCAAGAAAAGUUGAACCAGCUGUGGUCAGGUCAACCAGGAGAACGAAGAUCACUUUAGGUGAACCAGUCGUCAGAGCCCCAUCCACAAGGUCAGCUAACAGGCCUCUGGUCUCUGUGGCCCCGGUGGCAAAGGACAAACCUGCUGCAGCUCCCAAGACCAGAUCAAAUGCCAAGCAGUCUGCAUCACCACCUGUUGGCAGAGGGAGGAACACCAGGGGCAAUACUGAAAGCAAUAAGCAAGCUGCUGUAAAAGUGAAAAAGCCAGUGGAGGAGCCCAGGGCUGCCAGCCCGCCACCCCCCAGUGUAAAGGAGGAGAAGAUGGUAGAAGUCCCUUCCCCUGCUGAUCCAGAACCUGUCCCAGCCCAGACCUCCUCCCUCCCCCCUCCAGCCCCUACCCCGUCCUCCUUCGCUCCUCAGGGCUUUGUGUUCCAGGCCCCAGCAGGCCUGUCCACCUUCAAGCCCACCCCUCUCACCCCCGCUCUGCAGACUCCUUCUUCAAACCCAGGUAACACAUUUGUCCCUGCCUUUGUACUACCACCUGUGCCACUCUGGCUCUCUGACUCGGUGCCCAAAAUGAAGCUCAGUGCUCCCUCUCCUGCCAAGUCCCCUGUUCAAUCCCCGCCUUCUCCUACUCUGGCCCCUCAGUGUCCCCAGGAACCAGAGCAUGAUGUGCCCUACUUUAGGUUGGCGGUGGUCAGUGAGACUGAGAGACUGACAGCAUUUUGUCAGCAGUGGGAGCCCAGGGUGGAUGAUGCCUCUAUCCCUGAAGAGAUGCGGGACCGUAUGCGUACUGCGGUGGGGCAGGCCAGGCUGCUGAUGAAGGAAAGGUUUGGUCAGUUCUCUGGCCUGGUGGAUGACUGUGAGCUUGGCAGAGGAGAGAAGAUCACCACAUGCACCGAUUUGCAAGGCUUCUGGGACAUGGUCUACUACCAGGUAGAAGACGUGAACAAUAAGUUUGGUGCUCUGAGGGAAGCAGAGUCUAAGGGUUGGCAGGAGGAGAGAAAGCCCCCACCACGACAGAGGAAGGUGGUCAAGAAGACGGCCUCUGCUCCGGUGGCAAAGCCUGUUGGUGGAGCUGCCGCCAAGUCUCGUCUGGCUGCCAUCAAGGCUGCUAUUAAGGUCAAGCAGCAAGCUGCAGAGGCAGAGAAGGCAGUCCAGGCUACAGGGCCAGGCAGUGCUGUGGACGACCCUGCUCCAGCUCCUCAGGGCCCCCAGGCAGAGAUCUUGGCCCCAGAGUCACCGGUGGUGGUGUUCCAGGGAGGCUUCUUCCAGGUGGAGAGUCCCGCCAAACUCACAGGCUCUGUGAGGAGAUCAACCCGUGUAGCUGCCAGGCCGCCUCAGGCAUCUCCCUGCUCUGUCACCAAGUUCUCCACCCCCGUCAGAACCCGCCACUCCAACGCUGCUGCAGCUGCACAACCCUCUACUCUCCCCUGCCUCACCCCUGCUCGCUCCACCCUCACCCCUGCUCGCUCCACCCUCACCCCUGCUCGCUCCACCCUCACCCCUGCUCGCUCCACCCUCACCCCUGCUCGCUCCACCCUCACCCCUGCUCGCUCCACCCUCUCCCCUGCCCAUCUGUCUGAUGCCACCCCACUCUGCACCCUGGCCCCCGCCAAGAAUAGCCCCACCAGAGUCUCUCUCUGCUUCUCACCAGUCAAAGAAGCUUUGAUAGACGCCCAGUCAGAGGAAGGCCCCAUCUACCAACCAGAGCUAGUCUCGGUCCAGAAUGAAGUCACUCCUGACCAACCAGAGCCCGAGAGCAUGCAGGAAGCUUGUGACCAAUCGGAGGUUGUCACAGAGCCCACUGUUUGCCAUGAGGAGCACAUUGAGAGCUCUGAGUCUGAGAAAAUGAGCCAAUCACCAUCCAACACGCAACAGCUGACCAAUGACGAAAUGCCCCAAGAAGUCGUCAGCCAAUCGGUGUUGGCCGCAGAGGAGCCCAACCAAUCGGAGCUCCUGGCCAUGCCUGAAGUGAGCAGCACUUUGGCGACCCAGUCAAUCCUAUCCUCUACUUCACUCCAGGACAGAGAAGAAGAUUUAGAGGCCUACGAUAUCAGCCUACCCAUCUCACCAAGGCUUCCCCUCUCUCCUUCACUGCCCCACACUCCCACCUAUGGAGCAGAGUUCUCCCCCGUCAGGAGCCCUGCCUUCAGCUUCACCCUCUCCUCCAAUCCAGCCAGGCCAAAACCUACCGAGGACAGCCUAUCUCUCCUCUCCUCACCCAUCGUCUCAGCUAAUGCCGAUGUGACAGUGACUCCAAACAGUUAUAUCAGUGAGAGUCUUCUGGGGUUGGAGUUUGAGCGCUACCUCCAACCUGUAGCAAGCUGCAGCCUGUCGCCACAGGAGCUGGGUGUUGCUGAGGAGAUGCUGUCGCCCAUGGCGAUAGACGUAGAAAUGGAGAGUCCGAUGGCUCAGUCUGGAGAGCCCACUUGGGAGGAAGCGUCGUCUCCCACAGCGUUUCCCAGUUUGGCACAAAUGUUCACCCCACGGACCACAAAGCCAGUUGAGUCGGACAUGUUGCUGUUCACCCCUGAUCAGAUGGACAGAGUGAGACAGUCAAUGUGCCCCAGUGACCUCAUGUCAUUCACACCUCCAUCUAAUAGAAUGAACAACUGAUGAGACCGAUUUGCUUAACUGCCGUUUUUCCCCUCCAUUUCGCUCUAGAGACUAGUUUUUAUUGUCUCAAGAAAAUCAUUUGUUUAUAUGCAUUGUUACUUUUUUCUAAACUCCUCUAAUUGUCAGACAAGUGUUUUUAUGUAACUUCAACAGAUUUUCAAGAAGUUUCCUUAAAUUCUUUGUGCUAUGUCUACUACACCUUUUUUAUUGAAAUACCAAAAAGGCUCCAGGUAGUGUUUCCUAACUAUUAAGCACAGUUCCUAUGGUGCCCAGGUGUGUGAGGUAAAAAAAACAGGAGUUUCUAUAUACCGGUAGCCUAAAUUCUUCUAUGUUGAAUAUGCAUUCUGAAAAACCUUUUGGUUUGUGUAAAUAAAAUGUUCAUUCUUCUAA